AUGCAGCAAAUAUCGCUUUACGCCAAAAUCAGCAACUCACAACUCAAGAUAUGCCUCCAUGCGCUCGCUUCGCUGACAGGAAUGGACCCCAUAACUAUCCUACAACACACCAUGGUGUGGGCUCCAGCACAGAAAUACACCCCUAAAAUCCUGCCAGGACAAGGAGGGCAACUGGAUCAGUACAGAAUCCACGUCACCAACGAUAACAAGAACGAAGAUAAAGAGAAGAUCAUCAGUUACGUGCAGAGCAAGGAUUCCAAGGAGGAUAUCCAUAAUCUGGCAAAUCGACAAUGGCACUUUCAGAUCAUGGAGAUGCCCGAGGCAGGAAAACAAAAGACCACAUCACAGAGCAUUUCAUCAUGGAGCGUUAAGAAGGGUGACUCUUUUCAAUUUUUACAGUCGCUCGCCUACAAGUUCCAAUAUGAGUAUUGGCAGAAGGGCUUUCAGUUUGUGUACGGCAAUGCAGUGAUUCAGCUGACUCGUAUUCAUAUUCUGGACCAGACCACAAAGAACAUCAAGCUGCUGGACCCUUCGAAACAGUGGCUGGUCAAGGUGUACAUUGAUGUAGGGCAUUUGACGGACAUUGAGGCUCUCAACAAGGCCGUCAAGGAGCUGGAGAAGGUCAAGACAGAAUUGCAUGGACUCAUGAAUCUCGAGAUUCCCGAUAGAAACGCUUUCGACACUCGAAUUCGAUAA